AUGCAUGAUAAAUCGGUCUAUCAUAGUAAAGCUGUUACAGAGGGACAUAAUUUAAAGAAAAUUUAUGAAAACCCAGAGAUAGAUGUAAGAAAUACAUUAGAUCAAGAAAGACAAAGGCAGAUUUUAGAAAAUAAACUUAGAUUGAAACCAAUUAUCGAGUCAGUAAUCUUUUUGGGACGACAAAAUAUUGCUUUUAGAGGUCAUAGAGAUCGAGGAUCCCUUGUCGUUUCCGAAGGUUCUUCUAAAGAUGAAGAUAGGCUUGUAAAUAAUGAAGGUAACUUUCGUGAAUUAAUUAAAUUUAGAAUAGAGAGUGGCGAUGUUGUAUUAAAAAAUUAUUUAGAAAACACUUCAUCUCGUGCAACCUAUAUUAGUAGUUAUAUGCAAAAUGAAAUAAUUGAAUUCUGUGGUGAGGAGAUUUUAGAAACCAUUUUACAACGAGUAAAUAGAAGUCAAUUUUAUAUUUGA